UGUGAAUAUAUGUGAAAGGCAAACCCUGCAGAUGCGACCCUUAAAAUGAAUAACUACGCAGUAAGAGGGGUCAGAUUUUCUAGAAUUUCCCCUAUUACCUUGGGCAAUACGACAACCUGACUUCCCAUAUGCAUCCGCAUACAUCCCUUGCAUCGCAGCUGGAUCCGGGAAGCGGAGCGCAUUAAGGCAAACGCAAGAAAAUGCGCCAAGUCACAUCAACGCACCUCUACUCCGUAUACGUAUACUACGUCUACCCCGCCUUCUCGCAGUUAAGAACCCCUCCUCGGACGGCAACCCUGGGAAACGCCGAGUUCAAUGGAGUGGGUCCAUGACGGGAUACAAAGCAGGAGGCCAACAGACCCAACUUUUGAAUCCCCAUCAUUAUUCCCUUGCAGAAAUCAAAAUGCCUGAACAGGACAUUCCCAGGCGGAGGCUGAAGUAUCGGUUGUCCUGCGACAUCUGCCAUGCCGCCAAGAUCAAGUGUGACUCGCAGAAGCCAUCAUGCCGCAGAUGUGCCGUCAAGAAGCUCGACUGCGUAUACAGCAUUUCGCACCGCAAGGGACGUCCACGAGAGAAGAGAAAAGGAAUGGAAGCCAUCGGCGGGACGAGCGGGUUGGCGGGACCAGAACCGAUGUCGAUGCAGGGACCGGAUAUUCGGACCCCACCAACCACCAACUUCGAGGCGCCCGUAACGGCUGAUGAACCAAGUGAGGCGUCCAGCUCGCAGCCUGCAAUCGACUCGCUUGCCUUCUCAACGGCCUUUGGAACCUUUGACCUGGACGAUGACUUUGACUUCGUCACAAUGCUUGGUUCCUUGGACGAGCCGCCCAUUUCAGAUGCCAACCUGACGCCCACCACGGCAACUUCGACAAGCCAAGGAGAGAGUAGAUAUGUCCUCUCGCCUGGGAUUCUGGAAUCGAACAAUCAGAGUCUGCUACCCCUCGCUGACGCGGGAUCAUCGUCACAGCCCGACCGCUCAAGCGACGGCUCAGCACACAGCGUGGGUCUGCAGCCGGAGCCAUUCUCUGGAACUGCCUUCAAUUCCUAUCUGGAUAACGCCGCAUCAUUGGAUCAGGCGUUUGGAAAUGGGCUCGGUCUGCUCCAGAAUGGUGCCCAAGUCGACGAUGCUUCGCAGCUGCGCAGAGGACAGGCAUCAGCCAGCCGCAGUUCCACGUAUCCCAGCGGUACAGAGGAGUUUUCUGACUUUCUCUCGCUGAGCGAAGAGGGACCACGGAGAGACGGCGGCUUAGCAAACUGUGACUGCUUCCCUGCACUGCUGCGGCGCAUCCGAUGUCUGAAAUCGAGGCAAAGGAGUCGAGGGCAGAUUCCAAUUGGCAGCGUUCUCAUGAUGGAGCGGGAGACAAAUGAGUGUCUUUCCAGACUGCAACGAUGCCAGAGCUGCGGGCAGGACAGUAUGGUUUAUCUGUUCGCAAUGGCCAGCGUCCGCAUUGUGUUGGACCUCAUGCAGAAGACGGUCCAGGAUGAGUUUAUGACGGGGAGCAAGAGGUCAGACUCUUCAGACUGCGACCGCAGUAGUCUCUACAUAGGCAACUUCAAGGUCCCCGCGAGAGCCAGGCGUCGCUAUCUGCGGGAGAUGCUGAGGGCGCGGUUUUCGAAGUUUCUGAUGCUUGUCGAGGAAAGGAAGAGGCUUGCGCACAGUGCUAGUCAGGACUGCUUUGCAAUAGGGGCUUCGGCACUGAUGGGAAACAUCGACCGGGAUUUGAAAACAAUCUUGGGGAGCACAACAGCAGAGAAAGAAAACCGAGGCGAAGAGAUCAAUGUGGUUCCUUCCAAUAAGCUGUUCUAUCACAUCUCUUUCCACGCACGAGAUUCGUAUCCCAGAGCAUACUGGUUCAACAUGUCGUCGCUUCCCCUUCUGAAUGGUGGCGUAUGGGGCUCUGGGGCCCUUCACGCCCGACCCUAUGCAAGCAGUGCUAUUAUCGGGGCAUUCUGUUUUAUUCUCAUGCUCCUUGCAGAUUACAUCAAUAACUGGCAGAAGAAAAGGCGUUUGGGAGGCAUCGCAAUUGUUGGUGAUGCGCCGCACCUUUGGAGACGCCUGCGAACGAAACCAGUCAAUCAUCGGAAAUAUUUCCAAGACGGUUAUGAUAAGUACAGCAAAAAGUCCAAGCCUUACGCGGUGUGGCAGCAGAAUGAUGACUUCAUCAUUGUCAUGCCGCCGGGAACUGAGGAAGAGAUCAAGAAUGUGGGACCAGAUCGGUUGAGCUUUUUGCAUGCCGUCGAUGAUAGCUAUCACUUCUGGUUACAUACAAAGAUUCUCGGACGCAGCCACAUCGAAGCCGUGCGCCUACUGAACAAGAACAUCAGUCAGGAACCUUUCCCGGCCUUCAUGGCUGUCUGGCACUUGACACACGUUGUGGCUUCCUCAUUCCUCAUUGGGCCAGAGUUCGCACGGAACCGCAAAUACAUCGAGGCAAUCAAGUACUAUUGCCUCCAGGCACCCGCCUUUGCGCACAUGUACUUUUGGCUCCCAGCACCCAUCCGGAGAAUAUACUGGUACCUCUCGCCCCAGGCAGCGGAGAUUCGCAAGAGCCUCAAGACAUUGAAAGGCGAAGUUGGCCCCGAGAUUCGACGGAACUUGGCUGCGUGGCGCAAGGGCGAGAAGGUGAGGAAGGAGCCCACUCUCCUUCGAUCCAUACUCGACGUCAAAGCCGAGACCGGACAAAUCAAACGAGACAUCAAAUCAGUGAACAAAGCAGACGAGGAGCGGGAGAUUGACCGGUUUGAGGAUGAAUUCAUCUUCACUGGAUUCGACAGCGCAGGCCCCGUCGUCUGUCUCGUCGUGCAGCUGCUCUUCGAAACGAUCCGCCACAAGCACGUCAUCGAUCCGCUGCGCCAGGAGAUUGCGGCGGCACUGGCAGCUAAUGGGGGCGAAUGGACGGAUCAAGCCAUGACUUCUAUGCCCCGACUCGAUGCCUUCACACGAGAGGUUCUGCGCGUGGAUGGGCCCACAUUGUUUAGUAUGACACGCUCCGUCCGUCAACCAGUGCAGUUGAAGACGCCUGGGGGGCUGCGCUUGCGUCCUGGCAGCAUGAUCACGAGCCCGUCGUGGAUGAUCCACAAUGACGAGGAUUUCUACGAGAAUGCAAAAGUAUUCGACCCGUGGCGAUUCUACGACGAGAAUACCAACACCGUCACCACCAAAGCGACUACGUCGAGCAACAAGUUCCUUGUGUACGGCUAUGGCACGGGCAUCUGCCCCGGCCGCCACAUUGGCGUUAGGUGGGCGCAGAUUCAGCUCGCAAAGCUGCUGAUGAGGUAUGAUGCGGAGUUUGAGGAUGUGUUGAAGGGGAAGCCGGAAAAUGUUGUCAUGCCCGGCAUGCUGCUGCCGCCAUACGAUGCGAAAAUCGUGUUUCGGCCACGGAAGUAGGC